CAAAGAAUAUAUUUUUAAUUCAAACCAUAAACUCACAAUUCAAGAAAAAACUGUAAAAUUACGUCCAUCAAGAAAAAGAAAAGAAAUCCUAUUCAUCGUACAGAGGCUCUAAUAAUCAAUCAUCAUCAUCAUCACUAACAACAUCAAACAGACAUCUCCAUUUCCAUUUUUAUAUAUAUAAUCAACUCAGUCUCCCAAAACACCAGCAAUAUUAUACCAUCAAGAAACAUCACCUCUCUGUCAUUUGGACACACCAAGAAUCAUGAAUCAUCAUCAAACUAGCAUCAUCUUCUCCAUUCUUCAUAACUAGUUCAUUUCAUUCUUACAGAACCCAUUUUCAGUUCUUGCUUGGUUUGGUGAAGUGGGUUUGUUUGUUAAUUCUUGGAAUAUGGCUGCAGCAUUAGAGUGUUGGUCUGGGAGUAGAGCAAGUACAGAUGAAGAUAUGGUAGAGCAAGUUUUGAUGAAAACCCAGAACAGAUCAGAAUCAGAAUCACAAGAACAAGAUGUAACUAAAGAUUCAUCAUCGUUAUUAUCACCAUCUUAUUCGCUCAUGCAAAAGAAGUUUCAGAAACUGAGUAGAAAUGUAGCUACAAAGCUUAACAACAUCAAGAACGCAUUGAAUCUUGAUUCUCCAGCAGAAUCAAUGGAAACAAGUAGCAGAAAGAUUGUUUGGGGUAGUGUUGUGAAACACUUGACACAGUUAUAUCCAGGUAGUCAACUUCCUGAAAAGCUCAUCUCAAAUAUCAGAAAACAUUUUGAUUCUUUGCCAUUGAGUUAUAUUCAAGCUGGGUUUGAUAUGAAAGAUGUGUUUCUCCAUAUGAAGAUGAUUGAACAAGCUACAGUUGAUGAGAAUCCAGCAAUUUUGAUUCAAGAGGUAUGUGGUGGUGGUGAUAAUAAUGAGGUGCAGCAAGAAUCUGUUUUUAAGCUUACUUUUGUUUGUAAUUCUUCAAUUUCUUGGUCUACAAUGUCUGGGGUACUUGAUAAUUCAUCAAUUUGUUGUAAAAAGAUUCAGAUUUUUGAGAAGAAGUGUUUUACUUUAGGGGUUGUUGUGGUUCAAGUUCAAUCGGGGCAGGAGAAAUUGUUCAAGACUCGAAUCGACUCGGUGUUGAAAUCGGCUGUAUUGAAGAAACCCAAAGGGACUAGUAGUAUUAAGCUUCCAUUUGGUUUGUGUGGUUGCCAAGAAGAGAAUAAUGGGGUUCGAGAAAUCGGAAAUGAAGAACAGAAUUAUGAUGAGAUUGAUAGUCCGAAUUCGAUGCGGAAUGUUCAGUUGGAUUGCCCAUUGCCAAGUUCUUCCUUUGUGGUUUCAGUUGAUGAAUGGCAGACGAUUCAGUCAGGGGGAGAUGAGAUUAGUUCAUGGCUUUUGAGUUCGGAAUGUGUGGAGUUCACUGACCAGGUUGGUCCUAAUUCAUUCAAGGGUGUUUAUAAUGGAUGGCUGGUUGCGAUCGAGAAGAUUAGAGGGUGCGAAAGGGGAAAUGCGUAUCAGUUUGAGAUUCGGCGAGACUUGUUGGAGUUGAUGAGAUGUGGGCACAAGUGUGUUCUGCAGUUUCAUGGAGUUUGCAUUGACGAGAAUCAUGGGUUGUGUGUGGUGUUCAAAUUGAUGGAGGGAGGGUCACUUCAUGAUUUAAUCCUCAAGGGGAAGAAGCUUCUGGCUCGAGAGAUUGUAAGGAUUUCGACGGAUGUUGCGGAAGGGGUUAAAUUUAUGAAUGAUCACGGUGUCGCUUAUAGAGAUUUGAACGCGAACAGGAUACUUCUGGAUCGACAGGGAAAUGCUUGUUUAGGGGAUAUGGGUAUUGUCACAGUCUGCCAGAGCAUGGGGGAAGUGAUGGAAUACGAAACGGACGGUUACCGGUGGUUAGCUCCCGAGAUUAUUGCAGGUGAUCCAGAGAGCGUAACAGAAACAUGGAUGAGCAAUGUGUAUAGUUUCGGAAUGGUAGUAUGGGAGAUGGUUACUGGGGAAGCAGCAUAUUCCUCUUUUUCGCCAGUUCAGGCGGCAGUGGGAAUUGCAGCAUGUGGUUUAAGACCGGAAAUCCCGACGGAUUGCCCGCAAACAUUGCAGUCUUUGAUGACAAAAUGCUGGAACAAUUGUCCUGCAAAACGACCUCAGUUCUCUGAAAUACUGGCUAUAUUGCUAAAACCCAACAACAAGAGUAGAUAAAAAGGGGUAGAGCAUUAAAGCUUCUCCAUAUUAGGUAAAUUUAGCAAAUACUGUUUCAGUAAGAUAAAAUGGAUCGUGUCUUUUCUUUUUUCCCUAUGCCUUUUGUAGGUUCUGGCAUUGCAUGUCCAAAAAUGUAGAUUGGAAAAAGCAUUUUGUAUGCAGAAAAUCAAGAAAUAAAUUCGCUCUUGCUUUUUCUUCA